AACUGGCUGUGCUUCUGUGGCCAGCCCACUCACUCUCUCUUCUAGGUUCUCCAUCCCUUUGCAGAGGCUGGGGCUCUCUGUGUCUCUCGCAGUCUCUCAAAAAUCUUGCCUAUUUGUCCUGGUGCAGCGAGUCAUACACCAGUGGAUGAACACAGAAGCUGAGCGAUCCCAGAAGAGGAUGAGCAAGAGAACGGUGUGGAAAUGGAGCCCUGGCAGCUGGCUGCUGGCACUGUGCCUGGCCUGGCUGUGGACCCGCCUGGCCCUGGCUUCCUUGCAACCUACAACUACCACAGUCCCCGUGGAGCAGGGAACCUGCGAGGUGAUUGCUGCCCGCCGCUGCUGCAACCAGAACCGCAUCGAGGAGCGCUCACAGACUGUCAAGUGCUCUUGCUUGUCUGGCCAGGUGGCUGGCACAACACGGGCCAAGCCCUCUUGUGUGGAUGCAUCCAUCGUCCUGCAGAGGUGGUGGUGUCACAUGGAGCCCUGCCUGCCGGGAGAGGAGUGCAAGGUGCUCCCUGACCUGUCAGGGUGGAGCUGUAGCAGUGGACACAAAGUGAAAACCACCAAGGUCACACGAUAGCCUUUGGGGAUUCCAGCCUGGGUGGGACAGGCUUGAUGGAGCCACAGCCUGAAGAAUGGUAUCCAGAGAUGAGCCAGGCCAGCAGACCUGGGCAUGGACUCUAUCAGGACAUACUCCUGCGCCAUCAGCAGAGCGUUGGUCGUCCCAGGGACAUUUCAGUGAAGCUUGCCAGCAGAUAUGGGUGGCUCUCCAACCAUGCACCUGGUGCUGAGUGCUCCAGGGACACAGAAUAAGGUUAAGGCAUAAACUCCUGACCUCUGGUUCAGCUCAUUUGGUUUAAAGUGUAUGGUGCCAUGUAGCUGCUGGAGCUACAUACUAUGGGGGCAUGGUGGAAACUUAGGGUUGAGACUCCCAUAAUUCUUCAGUUAAUUCCUGGACACAGGACAUAAAGACAGGAGGUCCCAUUCUCCACCCACCCAUUUCUUCCUUCACAUCAAUCCUGCAUCCCCAGCAAGCUACUAACAUGUUGAUUGAACACACUGCUGCCUUACUGCUGCCAGAACAGAAGCUUCUCACUUGGAUGGACUAGAGGAAGCAAAGAUUGAAUGAAACAGCUUUUCCACAAGGCUUCUGUAGGGCCAGGACAUGGCUUGGGCUAUCCAUGGGGUGUGGAAUGGAUGAAUCUCACAGUCUCCCCAUCCAAACCCCUGAGAUUUGGGCUUGCUUUGCUUGUUUAGCAGAUGGGGAAACUGAGUCCCAGGGAUGUGGGGUUACCUGACUAAGGUCUCGCAGCCUGAGUUCCCAAGUCUCUAAGAAUACCCACUCUCCACGGGCCCAGGUGCUGGGAUUCCAAGAAAAUAAAGAUCUAUUUUUAUUUAUUUAUUUGUUUGUUUGAAAGACAGAUUUAGAGGGAGAG